UAGGCCUGCUCUCCUGGGACCUUAACGAAUGCUUGGUGGACUUGGAAAAGGAGCUGGCCAUUAUCACGGAGCAAGCUUUAGAAGGGGAAGAGGCCAGAUAUGGGGAACGCCUGAUCCAGUUCGCUUCCGAGAACCUGGUCACCGAAAUUUUAAUUCAUCCAGCAGUCAGCACACUAGCGCAAUGCAUGCGCAACCUGCUCAGCAGUUUUACUCGACACCGUCACAUUAUCCACGCUGGAUACACCUUUGCCGCCAAUGGUUCUUGGGCUCUCCAGGAUGGCACAUUUUCCUACGUAGAUUUCUCCGAAGCCUUCCAAGAGCUGGAAGUUCAAAGAGUUGUGCGGGCCUAUGAGAACGGCAUCAGCAUGGACAUUCAUUGCGCUCCGGAAGGAGACUGGCCCCGAUUGCCAAAAGAACCUCACUCCAAAGCAUGCAAGGUCCACAUCAAUCCAACAGACGUUCUGACAUCUGGUUCUCCGGCCAUUUCUGCUUUCGUGGAGUACCUCUCACCGUUCUUGGUUCCAACUGCUUUAGAAAACUUGCUAGAAAGCUCGGAUGUGGUGGGAAAUAUUAGGUUUUCCAGGCCUACUUUGUACGUUUUUCCUGGGGGACAAGGUGAUGCUGCACUGUUCGGGAUCAAUGGCUUUAACAUGCUAUUGGACGGUGGAUAUUCCAGAAAGGCCUGCUUUUGGGACUUCGUAAGACACUUAGAUAGAUUAGAUGCUGUGCUAAUGACAAGACUGAAUAAUAGUAAUGUAGGAGGAAUUAGUUCAGUGCUAAGGAGGAAAAAGCAAGAUGCUCUCUAUCCACAGAUAGGACACUUUUUUUGUAAUAUUCAGGAGAGAAAAGCUAUUCUGAGUCCAGAUGGUGAUAAAGACAAGGAUCCACUGUUGAUCAACUUACUGGAAGAAGGUCAAGAAAUCAUAUCUAAUCUGCGCCAUUUAAAUCUAAAUCCUCAGGUUUGCUACAGAGAUUCCGAGCCUAUUAAUUUGUACCAUAAAGUAGGACAUGGUACUUUAGAUAUGUACGUACUUAGUCCGGCCAAAGACUCUAAAGAAGUUAGAGAAUUCUUAUUAAAGUGGAACCACAGCGACCAAAAACUCUUUGCCAAUGCAAAAUCUAGUCGAGACUUUAGUUUUCCAGUUCAGAAUUUAAUAUCGAUAUCAGCCUUGUUAGUCUGGCGUCCUGCAAAUCCCACUGAUACCAUUACCAGGAUACUUUAUCCUGGAAGCUGUCCGCAAAACAAAAUACUCGAAGGUUUAGAUAGACUUAAAAAUUUAGAUUUUAUCAAACAUCCAGUAUGUAGCGAAAAAUCUCUCGUACCCAUUUCAACUACCAAAAAGACUGCCAAAGAAGCCAUAUUCGACAGAAUCAUUACCAAAGAAAAACCUACCGUAGAAAAGAAAGAAAACAAACUGAUAGAAAACGACUUACCUGCUGUGAAUGGUGAUAUUAAGGAAAAAGAAAAAAUCGUCAAGAAGUCAGACUCAACUGAAAGCGACAAAAGUACUAAGACUAAAAAACAAGACGAGCAAAAGAUAAUAGAAAAUGGAGACAAACCAAAAACCAAACCGAAAGCUCAAAAACCAAGAGGUGAAUCUCAACAAAGAAGGAAACCGGCAGAUAAAAAAUCGCCUACCAUGGCCAAAAAACCUGUAGAAAACGGUGAUGUUAGAAAAGUAACCAAACAAUCUCCUCUUACAACCCCAGCGAAGAGUGCCAAAGAUGCUAAUAAUAGAAAAGUCCUAGAAAGUAAAGUUAAAAAGGAAGUAGCUAAACCUCCAGUGACAACCGAACCAAAGCCUAAAGUAGAAAAAGCUGAGAAAGUAGAAAGAAAACCAAUUUCUAGAAGACCUCCUGCUAAGAAAGCACCUAUUAGUCCUGCGAAGAAAAUAGUUAACGGAGUACAAAAACCUGACUCUAUCUCCAGAAAAGGAAAACUAGACAAGGAAGGUACUACCGACUCCAGCACUGUUAGUACUCCUUCGGCAGAUCAAGAAAGUGUACUUAAAAAAGACAUAUCAAAGCUAACACCCGAUGAAUUCCAACAAAUGAAGGCACAAGAACUAGCCGAACUAAAAGAAGAGCAAGAAGCUGUGAAAGAAAUCGAAGCAGUAUUUAGAAAGGGAGAGGUUCGUAAAGAUGACGAUGAAGCUCUUAGAAAAGUAAAAGAAGUAUCAAUAGAUGAUAAACUAGAUACAGAAGAAUACCUCAUUAUUGAAAAAGAAGAAAUCGAGCAACUGUCUUUAGAAGAGAAAGAAACUAAAGAUGAAAAUCUAAAACUUGCUCGAGAUAGCGAGGAAUCUGAAAAACAGAGAAAAUCGAGCAAAGAAGAACAAGAAUUAGAAAAACAAGAAAUUCAAAAACAACUAGCUGCUGUCCAGGCUGAACAAGAAGAACCCACUAAAGCUAAAGACGAACCAGUUCAAACAAGUAAAGUUACUAGUCCCGAAGAAAAAGUAGACGUUUCCACCGAUAAAAAAGUGACAGAUAAAGAGCCUGAUGAAGAAGUUAAAGAUGUUGGAGAAUCGCAACCAGACGAAAAAGUUUCUGCUACUGUAAAGUCAGGAGAUACCACAACUGCUCCAACUCUACCAGAAGACGAAAGAAUUCCUCUAGACGAAAUUAAAGAAGACAUUGGACCUAUCGAAGAAAAAUACGUCAAGGAAGAAACAAAGGAAAAGGAAGUCCCUACGAUACAAGUUCCACCAAAAACAUUUGACACUGUUUCCAAAUUACCAAGUGUUGUUGGUAUCAGAUUAGAUAAGCAACAACACAUACGAGACAUUGUGAAAACUCCAGAUGAAGUAGCGGACUUGCCUGUACAUGAAGAAGUAGACUAUGAGUAUACUCAUGAAUUAAAAGCUGAAACUCCGAAAUCAAACGAUAUUAUUGAAAAGAAAGACGAGCCAACGAAAGAAAUAGACGCAGGUUUCAGUAAGGAAAAAGCUAAAGAAGAAGAAACUGAGAAAGAUAAGGAUGAGGUUGUUAUUCUCGAAGAAGAUAGCAAGAAAGCUAUGCAAGAUGAACUAAAAACCUUAACAGACAUUGUACUAAAAAGCGAAUCAAUAUUAGAAAAAGACAUAUUAAAAGAAUCUGAGAAAAAAUUAAGUCAGGAGUUAGAAGACACCAAAGAAAUUGAAGACACAGCAGUGGAAAAAGAAAAGGAUAAAGAUGAGGCUGUACCCUUAGAAGAAAUCGACAAAGAUGAAGACAAAAAAGAAGUUGAAGAAGCAACAACACGUCGCAAACGAUCCCUACAAUACUCUGAAAUGCCAAAAGAAGAAAAACCAGCAGACACCGCUGUUGAGGAAAAGCAAGAUGUCGUAGUUCAAGAAAAUGUUGCAGAAGAACAACUCGAAAAACAGCAUGAUGAAGAGAAAAAGCAGGAUGAUGAGGAGAAAGACAAAGAUGAAGCUGAGGUCAAAGCUCUGGAAUCUAUACCUUCAGUGAAAGAAGUACAAGAAGAACUAGUUAAAACUACUGAACAACUUGUACAAGAAACAAAAGAAAGCACAGAAGAAUUAAAGAAAAUUGAAGAUAAAUUAAACAGUUUAAAAGAAGCCUUAGUUGAACCAGAAAUAGUUACAGAAAAAGCUGCGGAAGAUACUACGCUAGAAGAUAUAGAGAAAGUGGAAAUUCUUGCAGGAGUCGACAAACUAGAACUUGGAAGGAAAUCACCAAAAGAACGGGAAGGGGAUGUUAUGAAGAUAGUUGCAGGAGUAGCAGAAGUUCUUAAAUCAGAUGCUCCACUAGAAGAAUUCGAGAAGAAAAUUCCUAUAACUACAUACAGCACUUAUUCGACUCCGUAUACUCAAGAACUCCGAGAAACACAUAUAACUACUGUUGACUCUCCAACCAUAGAAAUGAAAGUUAUCAACACAGAUAUUCCCACUAUUCCUGAGGAACCACAUAACAUUAUUGCUUCCUUUUUGAACGAAGAAAGAAAAAUUGCUCCAGUACAUGACGGCACUCCUGAAAGUACUUCUCCAAAAGGACAAAGUACUUCCCCUGAGGAUAAGAAAAAAAAUUUACUCAAAGAAUCCCAAGAACUUAUGAUGGCUACAUCAAAAAUGUUAUCCGAUAUUAAAUCCGGAAAAUCUGAAGAAAAACUUGAAGCUGAAGAAGUUACAGAUAAAGAAAAAACUGAAGUCAUCGAAUCUGAGGAGAAAGAAAAAGACGAGGGUAAAGAAACCGAAGAUGAAGAAAAGCCUGAGGAAGAUAUAGGUACAGUACAUCGAAUGUUGGUUACAGCAUCGAGUGAAGAUGGGGGAGAAGAGAUUGAAAUUUGCCCAGUUGGUACCAUCACAUUCUCUAGAAGUUCCGAAAGCUCUGGAAGAAGUUCACCAGAUCCUUCUCAUAAAGUGUCUCAGAAAUCUUCAAUCGUCGACACUAUAUCUGACACCUUAAGCACGGUCAGACAAGUAGGAGAACUUCAUUCUGAAAAAGAUUCAGGAAUUGAUGAUGCCAAUGAAGAAGGUCAAGAGAAAACAAUUGCACCAGAGCAGCAACCAAAAGAGAGCGACGCAGCUGCAGUGGAAAAAACUGAAGAUCUUCCAUUAUCUGGCAAGUCUAGUCCCGAUGUUAAGGAUGCUUCCAUUAAAAGUAUAGCUUCUGGAAAAUCAACCCCUGAUCUUUCCGACUUUGACAAAUCUAAAGAAAUCUCUGCUGUUGAAGACGAUAGAAAAGAAGAUGACCUUGGAAUUUUAGAUAAACUCGGGAAGAAAAUUGAAGACACGCUAACAACAGUAGAGGAACUAAUUCACCCAACAAAAGAUGAUGAUGCAAUCACAAAACCACAAAUUGACGAGGACAAGGUUGAAAGAAAGAGUUCUGUUGUGGAAAUUGGAGACAAAAUCGAAAAAGUAUUUGAAGAAACCUCAUAUGAUAUCACUGCCACACCUGACACGAAAGAUGUCAAUGAGAAAUUAACAACACAAAUUGACGACUUAUCACAAAAAACUGAUCUAAAAUUGGACAAAGAACCAGUAACAGAAAGCACAGCAGCUAUCAUAAAAACAGAAUUGGAUGACAAGAAAGUUGGUCUUCUAGAAGAUUUAGAUCACAAGUUAGACGAUGUAGAAAAAUCGGUAAUAGAAAUUACUUCUGGCAUAGAAAAGAAGCGAGAUUCCAUCUCAGAUAAAGGAAAAGAUUUAGAAAGAGAAAUAGAUGAUCACGUUAUUAAAACAAAAGAUGAUAUUGUCGAUCAUCUAGAAGAUAAAGUAGAAAAACUAACAAAAGAUAUUGAACAUCCUGUAGUCCAAGAUAGUGGUCAUGGUUUAGAUGCAGCCAAAGAGUUAAAAGAGGAAACAGUUGAGAAAACACAGGACAUCAAGAUUAGUGCAACUGAAGCUGUUGAUGAUAAAGACAAAAAAGAUGAAGCUAAAGAAGAACUUUUGAAAAAAACAGAGCUUGUCGAUUUAGUUAAGGAAACCAAAGAUGACAUAACUAAAACUAUUGAAGAACAAAUUUCAGAGGUGCAUCAUGAAAAAAGCCAACCUAAGGAAUCACAAGAUCAGAUAGUUCAAGACAUAAAAGAUAAAAAAGAAGAUAUACAAGUAACUACACAAGAUAUAGGUAAAGAUAUAGAAGAAUCCGUAAUAAAAAAGACAGAUGAACUGUUGGAAACCACUGUAGGUAUUAAAGAAGCUGCUAAGGAUGAUAAAGAAGAAAUAGUAUCUAGCAUAGAUACAAUGGUUGAGGACAAAGGAAAAGAUACAAAAGAAUCUUUAACCAAACAAGAAGAUAUAGUUGCAAAGGAAAUUAAAAGUGCCGUUGAAACGGCUAAAGAUCUAGCAACCGCUUUGGUGCAAGAAAAGGAUGACGUACUACAAGACAUUAAGACCAUUCAAGAUUCAAGUAAAGAUCUUAAAGAAGAGGUAUCAAAAACUGUUUCUGAAAUCGAAAAAGGUUUUGAAGAAGAAAAAGAAGAAACUCAGAAGGAUCUUAAGGAAACAGAAGAAUCUUUAAGCAAAAAAAUAGAAGAUGUUAUUAGCGAAAAGAAAGAAGACCUUCUUGAAAUCGUUAAGAGUAGCAAGGAAGAUGUCACAGAUACAAAAGAAGAUCUAGAUAAGGAUAAAGAUGAUCUUGAUGAUCAUUUAAUACAGGACAAAUUUGCUGUAGUUAUUGAUAAAACUAAAAGGGAAGAAAAAAUAGAAGAUAUCAGUCAGAAAAAAGUUGAAGAUAUUAUUGAUAAAAAGGAGAUCAAAGAAAUUCCAGCAAUUCAAGAACAUGCUAAAGAUAAAUCAGCACACAUAGAAGAUGUAAAAGAUAAGCUAGAACAUCAGAUUGAUAUAAAAGAGGAAAUAGAAGAUGUAAUAAACCAGCAAAUACAGAUCGAAGAAAAGGUUUUAGAUAUCACUAAAGAAAUUAAAGAUAAAGGAGAACAAAAGGACAUUUCAGAUGAUAUUAAAACGACAAAAGAAUCCAAAGACAAAUUAAUUGAAAAAGAAGGUGAACUAGCAGAAGACAUAAAAGAACAAAAGGACAAAGCACAAGAUAUCAUUCAGGAAUCGCUUAAGGAUGCAGAAGAUUUCAUAUCUAAAAAGAAAGAAGAUUUGGUAGAGGCUUCAAAAGACAUUAAAGAAGACUUGAUUGUAGACGAGUUAAAAGACAAAACGCAUGACGUUAAAAAAUCAGUUGAAGAGUCGAUUAAAGAUAUAUCUGAUGAUUUACCUGAAGAAACAGACAAAAUUAAAGAAGAAAUAAAAGAUAUAAAAGAUGUUUCGAAAGUGAGCAUAUCAGACACGGUUCACGAAAUAGAAGAAACAAAGGAUAAAAUUUCUAAAGACAUAACAGACAAGCAACAAGAGAUCGAAACAGUAGCUCACGGAAUAGUCAACGACAUUGAAGAAGAUAUAAGCAAGCAAAAAGAUAACUUAUUUGACUCUGUAAGAAAGGUGGAAGAGACAACUGAAGAGGAAAAACUUAAGUUAGAUGCGACUAUUACAGAAGUUUGCAAGGACUUAAAAGACACUGCAGAAGAUGAAAAGGAACAUGUUAGUACAGUCAUCGAUGACUUACAUGACAAAACAGAUAAACUUAGUGAUGACAUUAAAGACAAGUCAAAAGAUAUAAAGGAUGCAGUGAAAGAUACAUUCAGUGCUUUUACUGAGAAGACUGCUGGUCUCUUUGGUAGUAUUAAAGACACAUUCAAGGAAAAACAUGAAGAGGUUAAGUCAGACGUUACUGAAACUUUGGAUGGUUUAAGCACCAAGAAAGAUGAAGUAAUCCAAGAAAUCAAUGAUACUAAACAAAAAAUAGAAUCAGACAUCCAUGACUCGGUUAAAGAAACUGCGAGCGAAAUAUCCAAACAAAAGGAUGAUGUUAUAGAAGAUAUUAAAGGUACCAUGGUGGAAAAAAUUGAAGAUCUGAAGUCAGCAGUAGACAAUAUAGAUGAAAAGAAAGAUGAGCUUGUAGAGCACAUAAAGGAAAAAAAGGAAGAUAUAGCAAAAGCCGUUGGUGAUACUAUUAAAGAUAGUGAGGAAUUUUUAACUCAAACAAAAAUGAGUGUUUUAGAAUCGUUACCAGAUGGCAAAGACGUAAAACACACAAUUGAAACAAAUAUAAAGGAACCUGCUAAAGAUAUAAUAGACGAAAUAUCUGGAAUGAAGGAUAGUGUUCUAGAAGGUAUUAAAGAUGCCAUGUUACAAACAACACAAGAUGUAAAAGAAGAAGUGGAAACAGUAGAUGCGAAGAAGGUUGAGAUUGUAGACAGUUUGAAAGACAUGAAACAAGACAUAGUAAAAGACUUACGCGAAGGCAUUAAAGAAGCUGAUGAAUUUUUAACUCAAAAGAAACUGGACACUGUGGAGGCAGUGAAAGAUAUGGCAAGUACAGUUGAAUCCAAACAAGAAGAAAUUAAAGAUAUCACAGCAAAGAAACAUGAUGAAUUAACAGAGAAAGCUGAUACAGUUUUAGAAGACGUAAAGAAGGGAUUGGAAGAGACGAAACAAGAAUUAAAAGAUGCAGCUGCAUCCAAGACAGAAGAAAUUAAGGAGAUUACAUUUAAAAAACAUGAUGAAUUAACGGAGAAAACCGAUAAAGCUUUAGAAGACGUUAAAAAGGAACUGAAGGAUACGAAAGAUGCGUUAGAAGACGCUUUUGAUUCCAAAAAAGAAGAAAUUAAAGGAGUCACCGCAACAAAACAUGAUGAGUUAAAGGGGAAAGCUGAAGAAGUUGUAGAAGACGUUAAGAAGGAAUUAGAUGAUACAAAAGAUGCUUUAGAAGACACUGUGAAAUCAAAAAAAGAAGAAAUUCAGGAUGCCAUCGUAAAAAAACAUGAUGAAUUAAGGGAAAAAGCGGACGAAGCUUCAAAAGACUUUAAAAAAGAACUUGAAGAUACAAAAGAUGCUUUUCAUGAAACUGUAGAAGCUCUUACGGAUAAAAAGCAACAACUUGUUGAGGAUCUACAAGGUACAAAGAAAGACAUUGAGUCAGAUAUUCAUGCUGCUUUGAUUGCAACAGAAAAGGAAAAAGAUAAUGUAGUAGAUGCAGUAAAAGACAUUAAAGAAGAAUUGCAGAACGAAAUUAGUGAUGGUGUUAAAGAUAUAAAGGAAGACAUAGAUAAAACGAUGGAUAAUAUUGUAGACACAAAGAAAGAAAUAUCAACGGGCUUAGGGGAUGCAAUUAAAGAUUUAACUGAGAAAAAAGAGGAACUAGUUGAAGAUGGAAAAGAAAAAGGAGAUAAGAUUAAAGCUACCAUUGAAGAUAAGGCAGAAUCAUUAAAAGCGGAUACCACUAAUGUCUUAACAGACUUAGCGGAAAAGAAAGACAACUUAUUAGAAGAUCUAAAAGAUAAACAAGAAGACAUUAAGUCCUCUGUAAAGGAGGUAAAAGAAGAUGUACAGAUGGGUAUAACUGAUUCUUUAAAAGACUUGGCUGGAAAGAAAGAUGCAAUUAUAGAUGGUAUAAAAGAUAAGCAUGAAGAAAUAACGUCUUCUGUGAAAGAAGUAAAAGAAGAAGUAAAGGCAGGUAUAACUGAUUGUUUAAAAGACUUGGGUGUAAAGAAGGAUGCAAUUAUAGAUGAUAUAAAAGAUAAGCAUGAGGAAAUUAAGUCUUCUUUGCAAGAAACCAAAGAAGAGGUAAAGAUAGGUAUAACUGAUUCUUUAAAAGACUUGGCUGAAAAGAAAGAUGCAAUUAUAGAUGAUAUAAAAGAUAAGCAUGAAGAAAUAACGUCUUCUGUGAAAGAAGUAAAAGAAGAAGUCAAGGCAGGUAUAACUGAUUGUUUAAAAGACUUGGGUGUAAAGAAGGAUGCAAUUAUAGAUGAUAUAAAAGAUAAGCAUGAGGAAAUUAAGUCUUCUUUGCAAGAAACCAAAGAAGAGGUAAAGAUAGGUAUAACUGAUUCUUUAAAAGACUUGGCUGAAAACAAGGAUGUAAUUAUAGAUGAUAUAAAAGAUAAGCAUGAGGAAAUAAAGUCUUCUGUGCAAGAAGCAAAAGAAGAGGUAAAGAUGGGUGUAACUGAUUCUUUAAAAGACUUGGCUGAAAAGAAAGGUGCAAUUAUAGAUGAUGUAAAAGAUAAGCAUGAAGCAAUCAAGUCUUCUGUACAAGAAGUAAAGAUAGGUAUAACUGAUUCUUUAAAAGACUUGUCUGAAAAGAAAGACGCAGUUGUAGAAGAUGUGCAUGCCACUAUUCAAGAAGUAAAAACUGAUAUAAAGGACACAGCUAAAGAUGUAAGUGUGAAAAAAGAUGAACUAUUUGGUGCUAUAGAAGAUAAAAAAGAAAAAAUUAAAUCGAGUAUUCAAGAUACACAAACACAUCUUGCUGAUCAUCUAGAAGAAAAAGCAGCCGAACUGUCAGAUGGGUUAAAACAUACGCAAGCAGAAAUUAAAUCAACUGUACAGGAUACUGUAAGUACAACUAGAGAUUCACUAACACAAAUAAAAGACGAAUUAUCAGAUACAGCACUCAAGGGUAAAGAACUUAUUCAUGAAGAAAACGGAAAAUUGAAAGAGACUGUUGAAGCUGCAGUUACAGAAAAAGAAGAAGCAUUAGAAAAAGCUUUCGAUAAAGUAGCUUUAGCUGUUUCGGAAACUGGCAUCGAUACAUCCAAAGACCUUCAUACAGAAAUAGAAGAACAAAAAACAACCCAUGCUGUAUCGGAUACAAAAGAUUCUAUAGGUUCUAGUAUUAAAGAUAUAGAGGAUCAAAUUUUAGAAGCAAAGGACAACACAAAACAGAUGAUUCAAGAUAAAGUCUGCGAUCUUGAAACAGCAAAAGAAAAUUUGGUAAAAGAUGUUAAAGAUAAAGUUGGAGAUGCGCUAAAAGAGAAAGAAGAUGAUUUAAUUCAAGCAAAGGAAGGUGUCACAGAGAGUUGCAAAGAAAUGAAAGAAUCUGUCCAACAUGCUGUUCAAGAAAAAGUUGAUGACGUAUUAAAGAAAACAGAAGAAAUUUGUGAUGGUGUAAAAGAUGCGAAAGCAGAUAUUGUUGAUAAAAAAGAAGAGUUAAAGAAGGAGUGCCAGGAAAAAUGUGAUGAUCUUACACAAAAUCUAGAGCAGGAAAUAAAAGAUGUUGAAGAAGGUAGUCAUGGUAUUAUAGAUUCAAUAGAUAAAGGAAUAUCAGAAACUUUAGAAUCAAUAUCAAGUUUUGGUAAAAGCUUGUUUUCUAGUGAAGAAAAGUCUGACAAAAAGGAAACACCGACAAGUAAGGAUAAAGAAGAAAAAUCUCCUUCAGAAAAAGAAACGAUGGAUGAAAAGGUACUAAAGAAAGAACAAAUUCUUGAAGAAGCAGCCGGUGACUUAGAAGACACGUUUAAGACUGUUAUUGACAUGACUCAAUCUGUAAUAUUCGACAAGUGUGAUAAACCUUUUGAGGACGAGUUGUCAGAAGAAGAGGAGUCCGUUAAAGAGAAAGAAAAGCUUCUAGACAAAUUGACCGAUGACGUUGAGGAAACUUUUGAGACUGUUGAGAAAAUGGCAAGAAGAUUAUCAUUUGAAAAAUGUGAUACUCAUACAAAGGAAGAGGAAGCCCUUCACGAAAAAGAAAAGCUUCUGGACAAAUUGACCGAUGACGUUGAAGAAACUUUUGAAACUGUUGGAAAAAUGGCAAGAAGGUUAUCAUUUGAAAAAUGUGAUACUCAUACAAAGGAAGAGGAAGCCCUUCACGAAAAAGAAAAGCUUCUGGACAAGCUGACCGAUGACGUUGAAGAAACUUUUGAAACUGUUGAGAAGAUGGCAAGAAGAUUAUCAUUUGAAAAAUGUGAUACUCAUACAAAAGAAGAGGAAGCCCUUCACGAAAAAGAAAAGCUUCUGGACAAAUUGACCGAUGACGUUGAGGAAACUUUUGAGACUGUUAAGAAAAUGGCAAGAAGAUUAUCAUUUGAAAAAUGUGAUACUCAUACAAAGGAAGAGGAAGCCCUUCAGGAAAAAGAAAAGCUUCUGGACAAAUUGACCGAUGAUGUUGAAGAAACUUUUGAAACUGUUGAAAAAAUGGCAAGAAGGUUAUCAUUUGAAAAAUGUGAUACUCAUACAAAGGAGGAAGAACGCCUUAAAGAAGAAGAAAAGCUUCUGGACAAGUUGACCGAUGAUGUUAAGGAAACUGUUGAAACUGUUGAGAAAAUGGCAAGAAGAUUAUCAUUUGAAAAAUGUGAUACUCAUACAAAGGAAGAAGAACGCCUUAAAGAAGAAGAAAAGCUUCUGGACAAGUUGACCGAUGACGUUGAGCAAACUGUUGAAACUGUUGAGAAAAUGGCAAGAAGAUUAUCUUUUGAAAAAUGUGAUACUCAUACAAAAGAAGAAGAACGCCUUAAAGAAAAAGAAAAGCUUCUAGACAAAUUAACCGACGAUGUUGAGGAAACUUUUGAAACUGUUGAGAAAAUGGCAAGAAGGUUAUCAUUUGAAAAAUGUGAUCCUCAUACAAAGGAAGAGGAAGCUCUUAAAGAAAAAGAAAAGCUUCUAGACAAAUUAACCGAUGAUGUUGAGGAAACUUUUGAAACUGUUGAUAAAAUGGCAAGAAGGUUAUCAUUUGAAAAAUGUGAUACUCAUCCAAAGAAAGAGGAAGAAGACUUGCAAAAAAGUCGCGUUGCUGUAACUUUAACAGAAAAACACGAAAGUGAGGAUAUCAAAGAAAAAUCUUCUCUAGAAACUGAAUCCAAAGUUACUGAAAAGGGAGAGAAAGAAACGAUGGAAAAAGAUAAAGAAGUACGUUCACUGCCACAUGUUCAUACUGAUACUUCUGAUAAAGUUGAGACAACAAAGAUAGACAAACCUGAACAUAAGACUGUUGAAAUAUGUGAUAAUAAACAAGAUUCUAUGAAGACUGUUCCGUUAAGCGUUGCUAGCACUUCUUUGAAAAAAGAAAGUGAAGAAUUAGAGAAACAAAAACAACUACAAGACAACCUGUUGCACGAAAAACAAUUUCCGGGUCGUAGGACUCCACCCACGGCACCAGUAAGUCCGAAUAUUACAGACGAUGUCAAAUUUUCUGGUACUUCAGACCCGUUGGGUAAAGAAAGUCAUUCAGAUCUAGAACACCUGUCCUCCUUGACAGAUGUUUCCUCGGAACAGUAUUCAAGACACGGUUUCGAUAGAGACAGCGACGAUGAAGAGGAACAAUACAGUAUCACAUCACAAGUUGCGCAUUCCAGAGACUCAUCACAAGCCGAUUUCGAUGUUCUUCGGAAUCAAGAUCCCAUGAGUAUGUCAUUCUACGGAGCUCUUCCUGACGAAGAACCCGUAGAAGAACUGCACGAUAUUUCCAAGGAGAAGUUACCUGCUUCGUCCGCCGAUAAGACUGAUAGUACAAAGAGUGAUGAAAAGACACAAGGACCUUCAACCUCAGGCAAAAAGGACCCGAUAGAAUCGUGGGGAAAGCCUUUGGAAUUGCCUGCCCCAACGUACUUAUACGAAAUCACCAACGCCAAAUACUCCGUCACCAGCCAGAGGCAAGUGACUGGCAUUCAUCACAGGCAGUUACCUACAAGUAGCUCCAGACCUUCCGAGAAGAUGGAUAUGAUGACCACUAGCUUCUAUGGGCAGUUGCCUGAUGACGAUAUGGAUCCCAUCCAUUCUUGGGGAAAACCAUUAGGUUUACCGAGUCCAGCAGCUCCAAACGACAACAAGGGCACCCCGAAAAAGGAAAGAAAACUGCCUGCAAACGUCACAGCGAAAAACAAACUUAACGACGACAAGAAGAGGGCAGAAUCGCCUUCCAAAUAUAAUAAAAACAAGAAGAUUAAUCCAGUUUAUGUGGAUCUUACUUAUGUACCUCAUCAUGGAAACGCUUAUUAUGCUUAUGUGGACUUUUUCAGAAGGGUUAGAGCGAGGUAUUACGUUUUUUCAGGAAUUGAGCCCAGCAGGGAAGUAUACAAUGCUUUGUUAGAGGCAAAGCAGACGUGGGAAGACAAAGAAUUGGAAGUCACCAUCAUUCCCACAUACGACACGGACAUUCUGGGCUAUUGGGUGGCAGAGAACGAAGAACUUUUGACAAAGUUCAAAAUAGAUUUAUCUCCUUCUGCAUCCCGCUGCACCAUCAACCUCCAAGAUCAUGAAACAUCAUGUAGCGCUUAUAGAUUAGAAUUUUAAUUCACCCGACCUUCGCCAGAUAUCAUUUCUCUAGCAAUAAUCAAGAGAAAUAUACCGAUUCCUUCGUAUACAACUCAAAACUACGAAAAAUCAGAGCCAAAGGUACAAUCUGGUUCUUCCUCAAAGUACCUCUUUCAACAGUCUUCUUCACAAGAAAAAUCAUAGCAUAGCAGUAAAGAUAAUAGGAGUUUUUUCAAGAUUUCUAGAACCCUUAUGAAUGUUGUUCUGUUUAUAUAUUUAUUCAAACUUAUCCUUCUCCUAAGAAGGAUAAUGUUGAUGAUUUCAAAGUUUAAGAAUAAACUCAAAUUGACGUUUUUUCAAAAAUCGUCAAAUUAUAAGUACGUGAAGAAAUACUAGUAUAGAAUUUAAAAUUUACAUAGCUGUUAUAAACACCUCGGCUAGAUUUUAUGAAAUAAUUAUUUAGUUUAGCAUUAACUGUACUAUAUAUAGACAAUCUAGUUUUAACAGUGCUCAUCACUAUUCUUAUUAUCCAUUCACAGCAUCAUACGAUGACGUCGCAAAGACAUCAGAAUUUCCAUAUUUGAGAAACUUUUUCAUAAAAACGGAAAUAGUGAAAAAAAAAUGAUUUUUUACGAAAGAUUUAGCUAUUUAGUACUUUUAGAAACAUGAAAGUUUUUAGUACAAUUGUGAUCGUUAGACUGAUAUGAUAAGGUUAAGAUGGUUGGUACUUUCAGAAUCUUUUAAUAUACAACAUACGCAGUAUUAAUUUUUUUAAUGUGUUUCAAAUAUUCUUCCAUAACACAAGCCUACAUUUUUAUUUUCAUGAAAAAGUGUUUUAAGUUUGAUUGGUGUCCUAUAGUAAAUGGGAUGUGCUGAUCACGAAUCUGUGCUUAGCUUUUUUCCAGCACGUCAGGUUUUCAAGAAAAGUGUGUUUGAAAUUUUUCAUAGAAACUGCCAAAAAUACUGACUAAAUAUUUAUUGAAACUUUAUUUAAUACAAAUUUACGCUGCAAGAUUGAGUUGUUUAUACACAAACAAUGCAGUAUAACCUACGUUAGACAAUCGUUGGUUUUUUUGAAAAAAAUCGUUUUUCUUUUUCCGUGAAAACUGCGUUUUGUAGUUUUCUUAUGAAUUUGUUCAAGGUCCAGAAGUAAUCAGCCAUAUCUAUUAUUUUCCAUCUUCCUUGGUAAUGUCUUUCCAUCUCCUUCAUAUGUUGAUGGAACCUCUCUCCCUGCUCUUCUUCUGUCAACGUGGGAAUCCAGAAAAUGAAGCUUGACACUCAUAUUGCAUCCCAGUUUUUAUAAUUUUCGGCCAUGUUGGCUACAAUUUGUUAAUAGUUUGGGGACUUGUUGUUUCCAAGGAAACAGUCUAUGACUGCUACGAAAGAACUCGAUGCUUCAAAUUGAUCCUGGGCCAUUGUAUUCUGGAACAAUCUGUCCGAUUUUAUGGUUCGAAUUUCAGGGCCUAUAAAAAUUCCUUCUUAAAGUUUAACUUAAGAAAAUGCAGAAAAUUUGUCGCUCAGGUAUUUAAAGCAGUCACCUUAUUUAUUUAAAGCUUUGACAAACUACUUCAUCAAUCCUAACUUUAUGUGAAGAGGAGGAAAAGAGACUCAUUGGGUCAACUAGAGUAUCACGCUGCACAUUUUUUGUGGCCAUUCUUUCUGAACGUAAGCUAAAUUUUUCUGCUCGUGCUCCCACUCACACAAAAAACGCGGAUACUUUGUGAAUCCAGACUUCUGACCCAAAAGCAUGGAUAUUAUUUUGAGAUCUCAUAGAGAUGCCAACAGUAUCCGUUAUACUUUAUUUUAUUUCGGAACAGCUCAAGAUUCUUAUAUUAUGUUUCUUUGAGAUGCACAGAGUGAGCAACAGGUACUGAGGCAUUAGUAUUAUCAUUGUGCAACAAAACACCCUUCAGACUUCUCUUAGAACAAUUAAUAAAUAACCGCCAUGAUAUGGAAUCGUAAUCAGCUCCCAGUUUGUCGACUUCUUCAGGAAUUUUAGUACAAUACACCAGUGAACCCUCUUGACAAAAAUAUUCCACGAAAUCUUUUUCGCGAUGCCUAUACCACGAAAAUGUGGUACCUGGAGCCAAUACAUUUUUAUCCUUCAGUCGCGAUUCUUAGAUUUGUGCAGCAUCCUUCAAUAGGCCCAAGUCUCUCACUAAGUUUUUUAGUUCAGCUUGGAUGAACUUUGGAGGUUGGUCUAUACCUGAAUUGAAUUCGUCUUCAUCGGAUUUUUCGUUUUAAAUUUCAUCUGAUGCUGGUUGUUGGAUGGUGUGAAGAAAAGGUGGCGGAAUGAGGAAUUCAAUUUACGAAAUAUCAAUGAGGUACUUGUUUGCGCUAGUAUAUAAUAUCUCAAGGUCUUUUUUUAAUUUUGUGAUACAUUUUGACUUGAUGGGCAGUGUUGCUAUUCAAAUAAAAUUCACAUAUUGUAUUAAAAUAUUUUCUAUGAAUCUAUCAAGUAUUUUAAAGAAAUAAUUUUAAUGCAAUUUACAAAAUAUCAAUAAGAUACUUGUUUGAGCUAUUACAUAAUAUCUCACUCGAUUUUUUAAUUUUGUGAAAAAUGUUGACGUGAUGGGCUUAAACUGAAUUCAUAUUCAGAAUCAGCGUACCCGUAUUAGCUAAGGACACUUGUCAAACUCAAAACACCAAAAAUCAUGUCGGCCUGUGUAACCAUCACUAUGGUUAUAACAAGCACCACUAAGGCGGUUUUAUAUCCAUUUUGUAGUCUUCCUAUUGCCCAGUGAAUUAUUUUAAAAACAUCUGCCUACAGUACUAUACUAUAACCUAGUACCUUUAUUUUGCAAAAAAAUUUCAACUUUUCAUAUUGGGCUGUAUUCCGUACAAAAUAAAAAAAGAUACUUUUUUAAAAAAACUAUAUAUAAAAAAAUUAUAGCUUCAGAUAUAUUUAAAUUACAAGCUACAAAAGUUUCAUCUACUCUGAUGGCUGUCCACUUGAAGUUGGAAAUUUUAAGAGAUAUUCGUCGACCUUUCUGUUUCUGAAUUUGUAUCUACUCGGAUGUAGGGCUCUUCUUCUUCUUCUUAAGUCAGGCGAGACUCGUUAUACUCUGGCACUUGGUUAUAAGACCUUUGUACCAUACCUUGUUUUUUUCCUUAAACUCUAAUAAGUUCUGUGGCCUCAACGAAAGCCAACAGUUUUCUUAUUUGUAGUUUUAGGAUCUCUUCUGGUUCAAACAUCAGUUGACCAGUGAAUUCUUGCCCUUCAUCACUUAGCACACUACAAUGGCAUAGUAUGUGUAUGACAGUCUCGUCUUCCAUUUCGUACUUUCUGCACCAUGGUUCACUCACCUUACCUAGUUUGUAUAGGUACUAUACAAACUGGGUGCCGGGUACCCCGGCAAUGUCCAGUCACCAUUUCAGUUACCGUUUUGAUAUCUCCUUUAUUGAGGUUCAUCAAACUGUUCGGGAGUCUUUUAUCAAUAUUCUUGAUUACUUUUUUAGUCUAGAUUUGUUCUUGAGUUUCUCUCCAUUUCUUUUGAUGAUUCUUUAUUAGCCAUUUCUGAGCCUCGUUUUUCAUAGCAUCUUUAGUGAUGCCACAGAAAGGUUCUGGGCCUUGAAUUGUUUCUCUCGAACACUCGAACCUUGUUUCGCUAACAUAUCUGCUCAUUCGUUCCCAUGCACCCCUUCAUGACCCGGUAAAGACACUUUAUUAUCUUUUGGCAGGUUGUUGAGGAGAUCUUUGCAGUUUCUCAUCAGUUUUGAUUUGGUGAGUGGGUUCUUUACAGCCAGAAUAGCCGAUUGGCUAUCUGUGUAAAUGUUGAUUCUCUUAGCUUUAGGGCAUUCAUCAAUAGUUUCAUCAAUGGUUUCAUCAAUGCAGGCCACCAAAGCAAAAACUUCAGUCUGGGACCCAGGUGUACGUUGACCUAGGCUGUAAGAUUUAUUAUAGUUACAUAUUUGCCCAAAGACUACUGAUCCAGUACCAUGGUUAGUUUUAGAUCCAUCAGUGAACCAUAUUAAGACCCCAUCAAUAUUUGGGACUUUUUGUUUUCUAGACGGUAUAAUUGUGUUAAUCUUCUCAGUGAAGAUUAGUUCUGGUGUCAUCAAAAAGAUGGAUUCCUCAAAUAUAGUCACAGUAGUGCGUGGCUAUUCAAUACAUAAUUCCAAGUAUUGUUUGCUUUGAAUCUCAGGAUGGUCAUAAAGGCUAACGCCAAAAUAUAUAUUUCCAGCGGAAGGAGACCUGUGGAGACCUCUAAUGAAGCCAAUCCUGUACUAUUCAAGGCUCCUGUUAUAUUUAGAAACGCUUGUCUGUGUAGGGUGGUGAGAGUGGUCACAUAAGAUUACAAAGCCGUCUUUCUCCACCAGAGUACUGAACCAUAAGUGACUGUCGGUCGUAUCACUGAUGUGUAUAACCAACAGAUUAUCUUUUGUUUCAAUCUUAGGUUUUACUACAAGUCGUCUGCAGUUCCAAAAGAUUCUCUUAGCCCUAUUGGUUAUAUUCUUAAUGUGACUAUUCCAAUUGAGUUUCGAAUCCAGGGUUACCCCUAGAUACUUAACCUCAUUGAUUCUUUCCAGUACCUCUUUGCAUAUUUUCUGCUCACUCAGUCCAGUAAGCUUCCUCUUAUUUGUAAAGGCUACCAGUUUAGUUUUAGAAGGGUCCACGAAGAGGUUCUCUUUCAGACACCAGGUCUCUAUAUAAUGAAGGUUAUAUCAAAUCUGAUCCGCAACAGUUCUGGGAAAUUUUCCCCUAGAUACUAUUGCAAUAUCGUCUGCGAAACCCUGGACGCAUAUGCAGGGUUAUGCUGAAACAUUUAAGGUCUUCUUGAUACCAAAUAUAUACAUAGAGUUCAACGAAUUGUUCUCCUAUAUAUUUGGUUUUAAUUACAUCAAAGCGUUGGCAAAACUUUUGCCGAAAUCCUUCAUUCUCGAUUUCAUGCAGCUCAAAAGAUAAAAACCGACUUUAUCGACUUGUGUUUCGUUUAUGGCCAUCAGAGUAGAUGACACGUUUGUGACUAUCCACUUGAAGUGGGAAAUUUGAAUGAUGGCAAUGAUUUCUUUCAUUAUUUUACAAAAUGUAGCCCAUUUUAUGAAAACUCAAUCCUUUUUGCCUUACUCAGUAUCUUAGGAACGUUAAAUUUUUAUUUAAUAAUGGACUUUCAUUUAUAUAUUCCCACAUUUUCAUCCUUGAUUGUUUUUUGUAAGAGUUGUUCUCUGAUCGGGCUACAAUUUAUAUCUUCAGUAAUGAAACUACUUGUUUGCCUUUGUUAUAACUAAAAAAUUCUUUGGAUCAGCUUAUUUUUUUAUUUUCUCCAUAUUUAAAGAUAUUUUUAAGUAAAUUAAAAGCUUCUGAAAGAGCCCAAAUACAAUAUAAAGUCGGGAUAUAUUUGCGGCCCCACAAAAGAUUCUCACGUAUAGAAAUUCUUCUUUUAACUUAAAUAACGCAAAUGGAAAGACUCAGCAGGUGAUAAUAUUGUUCAGUAAUUUAUUUUUCGUUAAUGCUAAAGACCUAUAUAAUUAUUUCUGUAUUGCUUUAUGUGUUUAAAUAACCGUUUAUAUCAUAUGUGAUAUAGUUUCUGUUAGCAUUUAAAAAAUGUUAGGAUCUUCGAAGGGUACUUAGGCCGUUUUCUUCUUUUGUAUACUCAUUUUGCAUUUUUGUACCACACACGCUUUUUAUCUACGCCAAAGACUUCACAGAACUGUGUAUUAUGUAGGAUAGUAUAUUUUUCGUACAGGGUGUACAGUUUUGCUUGUUUUUAUUGGAAAAUUGAACAAAUUUUAAGAAUGUUCAUAAGAAAAGUCAUAACAGCUAAAAAGAAAAUGAAUGAAUAAUUCAUGUUUAAAUGAAUUAGAGAAAUAAACUUACCACAGAUUGCGGGUGUUUUCACUACUCAAAAAACCAUAAUGACGAAGUAUGGAAAAUAAUACGAUGCAACAAUGAACGGCAAAUGAUCGCAAAUUCAAAUAAAUAACGAACGAGAAUAAAGGGGAAUGAAGGAGAAUAAAUAACGAAAACCUUUAGGUGAAUAAAGGGAACCAAUGUCGAAAGAAUAGACAAACAUGCAUAUCUUGGAACAAUAAUUAACUCACAAAUGAUUACUUCCAGGAACUUCCAACAAAAUAAGAGGAGUACUCUGCAUAAGAGAUUUAAAGUUGGAGCUAAUAGCUAAUAGUUAGUGAUAAAAAACUUCUGAAAAGAAUGAAUAAAGUAAUGGAAAUCUUGAAUACAGUCAAAACAAGAAAAUAGGAAUAUUUUGGGUCUAUUACACGUGGAGAGAGAUAAAAACUGAUUAAACAGGGAAGGAUCCAAGGAAAAAGAAGCAUAGAGAGACGUAGAAUAUCAUGUCUGCGUAACCCGAGAAAAUGGUACUAUAUGGUAUACGGAUGUACAUCAAAUAAACUUUUCAGGGCAGCCAUCUUUAAAGUCCGAAUAGCUAUUGUGAUUGCCGCCCUCCGUCACAGAGAUGAUACUUGACAAAGAAGACAAUCACUAUGAAUGGCGUCAAGAAAAAGAAAUAAAUGUAACCAUAGAUAUCAGUUUGUUUUAUCGUAUACUUUAUAGAUCUCGAGAAAGCCUUUGAUGGAAUACCACAUACAUUACUAUUUCAAUGUUUAGAAUUAAUGGAUUUGGACACGUAUGACACAAGAUUGCUCAAAAAUCUUUACUACCGUCAGACCAUUUGCAUUAAAGUGGACCAGAAGGCUACGUUUCUACUAAGAUUGAUGUCAGACUUCUUCUUCUCUGAGUCUAUGCUACGUGAGAGGUUAAAGGGUUACAUAGAUACUUAACAGACAAUAAACAUCUAACGAUAGUUCUAUGAGAGUCAAAAAAAUAUUAUAAAAAUCUUAGUAAAUGGUAUAACAUUGAGGUUAGUGUAUUCAUAAUAUGAGGUAGCCGUGUCAUAGAUUUAUUCCUUCCUAAGUAUCACAAGAAUCUAGCCUCAAUGAGAUUAUUUUCUCACCACAGUGUGGUUAAGUAGUUCAUAUAUAGUAUUGGAAAUUUUUUUCGGAACAUAGGCACUUUCAAUGCAAUAAGUUACAUUCUUGAUUUGCAAUUAACCAGUUUAAAUUUCAAAACAACGUCGAGAUGUUUCAUAUUCAAUCCAUUUGUUCUACUGCACUGAACUGAGGUGUCCCAUUGGAUUGCAUCGUUUGUGUUUUGUGUGAUAGCCAGUGGUAAAAGAAUUACAGUCGAACAAAUCAAUUAAUUUUAAAACGUCGCGACGAUAUAUUGAAAUUUACACUGGUUAACUGUAAAUCAUAGAUCCCAGUUCGGUGCAGUCGAGCAAAUGAAUUAAAUAUGAAACAACGCGACGUGGGCUUGAAAUUUAUACUGGUUAAUUGUAAAUCAAGAAUCUAACUUAUUGCAUUGAAAGUUCCUUUGUUCCAAAAAAAUAUUUCCAAUACUGUAUCAGUAAAUGCAGUAAAAUUUGCAAAAAUGCUGUGUGAAUUUAUUUAUUUAUUUAUUUGGGUGUGUAAAUUUACAGGCGAACUGUACACCUUGUACCGUUUUAGUUGGAAAAAUCCUGUAGUAUUUAAUUUUUCCACUUUAUAAAGCAUUUUGUUAGUUUCCUUAAUUUGUAAGGGCCUAAAACAUGGGCCAUCUCAAGAUUUACAGGAAUAUCCCGUUUUUAACUAAAAUUAAUGCUUUUUAGAAAAAGCAUUCUCAAAAUUGAUCAUUUAGUUACGGCAUGUUCCUGAAAACGUGGCUUAAGUAGCAUUUAUAAUAUGUUUAAGACUUGACAAGCAUUUGGUGUGGUGAUUUAUUUAUAUAUACAUAUAUUUAUUUUUAAUUUAUUCUUAGAGACGUGUUUUUGAGUUCAGCUUAUAUCUUUAGUUUUCUCGAUAGGUAAAUAUAUGUCCGUUUUGAGUCCGUAAAUCGAACAUCAGCAUCUAGGGGCCACAUUUUGAUAGUAUAACCUGGACUCAAAAAAUAAGGAAUGUUAAUUAAAUAAAUUGAGCUUUUCGUACUAAAAGUACACUAAAAAAGAACAUAGUAAACUGUUGUUAACUAUAUAUGUAAGAUUGGUGCUAUAAAAGUAUUGCCUUUGCAAGGUUUUUGAUAUUUGUUUCGGAUCCAUCAGGAAUGAAAAGAAAUUUACAGUUCCCGACUGAAUUGGAACGAAGUACAUUCAGUAGAUCGUUAAUAGAAAGUUUUUUAUUCGCUGCUCUUGUAGACGCAUGCAUCAACAAAUAACCACAUGUUAUUGUUUUCAUUAUUAUUACCACUUGCCGUCUACCAGACUAGAAUACUAGAAGCUUCUUGAUUCCAGUGUAGAUGUUGUAAAAGUCUCAUAUGAUACAGAUCUGAGACUUUUAAAACAUCUAUAUUGGAAUCAAGAAGCUUCUAUUCUGGUAGACGGCAAAGAACAGACAAAAUUUGCAUUCAAAGAGGUGUCAGACAGGGUUGUGUGUUAUCCCCAACUUUGUUGAACGUUUACUCAGAAAUAAUAGCGUGGAGUUCGAAUUGGUGGAGAAACAUCUGAUAUGCAGAUGACACAGCGAUAAUGGCUGAAAGUAUUGAAGAUCUUCAAUUCCUUAUAGCUCUAGUCACUAGAGAAUGCUCCAAUUGGCAUAAAGACAACAAAGACCAAGUUACUUGUGGUUAGUAAACAAAAAGUCGGCUCUAUGCAACUAAUAUUCAUUUUAAAUACCUAGGAUGCUAAAUAAACGAGACACUAAAUCCUGAUGAAGAAAUUAAAACUUCUAUAGAAAUUGCAAGAGGAGCAUUUAUGAAACUUAUAUCUAUUCUGAGCAAUUCUCAGCUGAACUUACAACCAGGAAUCAAUUUCCUAAAAUGUAUCCUGUAUUACUAUAUGCCUCUUUGGUGGUUCACCAUCUGAUGUUCGAAUCCAGUCAGACUGAAUUCCAGUCAAAUAAAAGGUUAUAGUGUUGUUUAGUAGCAUAGGUAGACUGCAAGCUAUAGCAGAAACGCGACGGUAGACUGCAUACCAUAGUGACACUGAAAAAUAUUGAGUACCUCUGUUGGAAAAUGUACUAAAACCAACGUAUACGCAUAUUAUAUUUUUAUGGAGACCCAAAAUACUAAAAGGGAUAAUAUAUGCUGUCACUGAAAUGUAAAAAAAGUAUCGGAUGCAACCCUUUGCAACUCUUUUAAAGUUUUGUUUUUAAUAUUAUUUAAUUUUAUUAAAAGCAAAACUUUCGCUUGGUUUUAGCAGAUGUCGCCACGAUAUCCACACCAUCAUAUUAUUUCUUUGUGAAUCGAUACUGGCAUCCCGAAUUUUAGUUUGUUCAGAGAUAAUCAAAUAUUCAUUCUCUGAUGAUAACCUAGUGUUCCGUUAGUGGUUAACGGAAUCAAUUAAAUGAAAUUAAAAUAAAUGUAAACACAACAACGUGUCAAUAAUAUAUUUAUUUGUGUCGGUAAAAUAGCAUGAAUAUUUCUCGAAAGAGAGUUUGUUAUUCUUUUGGCGAGUGUGGUGGUGUGACCACGCCGGGUACCCGCUGUGACUAUACUGAAAAAACCACAUGUCUGUGGUUUUACGCUCAAGACUAAUUUAUCGACAUAAAGAGGCUGGCUCUUUAUCUGAUGUUUUAAAAGCUGAAAACAUUUCUGUCAAGAACCGUCCUCGAAUGCAUUCAAAAAAGUGAUUCAUUAACAUGAGGUCUGAUAAGGUAACUAUUUAAUGGGGAAUUUUUAAACUGAGACUGAACAGGCCAUUACCAUCUGGUUUCGUAUAGAAAGAAUUGUGAAUUUUAAAUGACCCAUAUUAUUUUCGUUUAGAAAAGAAAGUUAAUAUUUAAAAUUAGCAAUUAAAAAAUAAUAAUAAAUGAAGCGUGUCGCCAUACUAGUAAGGUUUGAAGCCGUUAGGGUGCUUUUGAUGCUCUCUGAACAAACUGAAAUAUAAGACAGCUCUUGUUUCGUUUUACAACGAAACGGUUAUUAAUUUAUUCUAAUUAAGUUGAGUAAAGGGUGUGGAAAAGCAGGAAAAAAUGAGAACAAUACACAUGCGUAUAGUAGUCGAUGCAGCCCAGAAAUUUCGUUUCUUUUCUUUUAUUCUAGAAAUAAAAAUUGAAAACGCACACAUUCGAAUUAUAGGUAAAAUAGUAGGUAUUAACCGUCUACUGGGUGUAUCCUGCAAAUUGUCACUUUAUAUUUUUGUUGAUAAAUUGAAAUUCAUCUAACGUUUUUGUGCAGUUCGAUUUAAUAAUUGUAUUUAAAUAGCUUCUAGUCAAGAAAAUUCUGAUAUCUUUUAGCUUCAAAAAUGUUGAACAGUACAUAUAUUCAAAAUGCAAUUAAUGUAUGGGAUAUGUAUGAGAAUAAGAAAUAAAAAUUAUAAAAAUACA